AUGCCGAUCAAACAGCCCCAGGCAUCACUGUUCCAAGUGUACCUCCGGUUACGGCCGCCGAUGGCCCAAAAACCCAAUGAAACCGACCGAUUUUUGAACGUUGAGCCGCCAGAGGCUUCACAGGAGGAAACAGAGAUUGUCACACCGGGAUCAACCCACAUUACUCUUCAACCGCCAAAUGACAUGAGAAAGCGCGCCGUCGAGAGAUUUGGUUUCACAAAGGUCUUCGAGGAGGCUGCCUCCCAACUAGAUGUUUUCCAUGACACUGGUAUGGAACCUAUCAUACGUGGAGUUCUGAAGGAGAACAGAGAUGGGCUAGUCGCUACUCUGGGAGUGACAGGCAGCGGAAAGAGUCACACGAUUCUAGGAUCCAAAACCGAACGAGGAAUGACCCAAAUGGCACUUGACGUUAUAUUCCGCUCCCUAGAGCCAACAAUCAAGACCGAAGAUAGCAGCAUUACCCCUGUAAUGCUUGCCUCACUGGCUGCCGCGGACGCUUCAGAAGCGCAACUGUUCUCCGCCCAGACGUUCUUGGAAGCUGUAUAUGGCGAGCCAAACGGACGAACGUCGAGAGCGCAAACACCCAUGAGUCCGUCUCGUGCCAAUACUCCUUUGAUGAUCUCGACUGAGUCCUCUGGAUGGAUCACUCCAGGGUUUUCUAAUCCUAUCCCCUACACCCACACCAAUCUAUUUGAGCCCAAAUCAGCUAAAUCUCGUCUUUAUGUCAUUAAGGAACCGACCCCUGCCUUGAAUUUCCCCCGCCGUCACGUACGUGAACGACCAUGCGCCCUUCCUAGGCUGCCCGAUAUGAGCCACCUCACUGUGGAUUUGGAUUCAAAUGCCGACUAUGUCGUUUUGGUGUCAAUGUAUGAGGUAUACAAUGACCGAAUUUUCGAUCUUCUAUCUCCAUCUAUCGUCUCAGGUCAGGGUAAUAUGUCUCGCGGAAAUAAUCAAAAAGAUCGACGACGUCCCUUGCUGUUCAAGCCUACCGAGGGCUCACCAGAUCGAAAACUGGUUGCUGGGCUGCGCAAGAUCGCUUGCAGCAGCUACGAGGAAGCACUCGCUAUUUUGGAUGUUGGUUUAACCGAACGCAAGGUAACUGGUACCGGAAUGAAUAGCGUUAGCUCUCGAAGCCAUGGUUUCUUUUCCUUAGAAGUCAAGAAGCGGACAUACGCAAAGCGAACCGGAGAAUACAGUUGGGCUGGAAACGCCCUCACUGUUGUGGAUCUUGCUGGCUCCGAGCGUGCGAGAACGGCAAAGACAGCGGGUGCUACACUGGCUGAGGCCGGCAAGAUCAACGAAAGCUUGAUGUAUCUUGGCCAAUGCCUUCAGAUGCAAAGUAACAUACAGGAUGGAAUGAAGACUACUCUCGUUCCUUACCGGCAGUGCAAGUUGACCGAGCUUCUGUUUUCAAAUUCAUUCCCAUCGUCUCAUCAGAUGUCCAGAGGCCAAUAUCCCCAAAAGGCUAUAAUGAUAGUCACGGCUGACCCUCUGGGUGAUUUUAACGCCACAUCCCAAAUUUUGCGUUAUUCCGCAUUGGCUCGUGAGGUUACUGUUCCUAGAGUUCCCUCGGUGUGUGAAUCUAUAUUGUCUGUCGCCUCUGGCAGUCACCGUUCAGUCAGUGGCUGCACUUCGCCCAACUUUGAUUCAACCGAAGAGCUCCAGAGAGCUACUGCCGAGAUUACGCGCCUCACACGCGAUUGCCACGGCCUUGCUGUCAAGCUAGCCGAAGAAGAGAUUGCACGGGCUGAUGUUGAAAUGAGAUUAAGAGCUGCCGAAGAAAGAUGUCUCAUGAUUGAGCAGGAUGUGCGAGAAGAAUGCUGGGCAGAGAUGGAUGAGAAAACGGAAGAAGAAAGGCGACGCUGGCAGAGGGCUUGGGACGAGCAGAUUGGUCGCAAUGACGAACACAUCGACAAGAAGGUUGAGCUCGUAUCCCGUGGAUUCCAAAUCUUUGAAGAUUCCGGAUCAAACGAACGAGUGGAAGAGCUUGAGCAAGAAAAUGACCAGCUUCGCCGCAAACUUGCUGCACUUGAACGGGAGAUGCACAAUCAAUCCCCGAUAAGAAAGCAUAGAUCCAAGAAUGCCACGCCUGCACGGGCUAAUCUCGGCCGCGAGAGCGAUAUUGAGAAUGCGUUGCAACGCAUGGAUCAAUUGAAGCUCGCAGAUACCAUAUUUGCUCCUCCGUCGCCAGGAGCCUCGCCUAUCAAGAAGACGAGAAAGAUGGGAACCCGGAAAUGGGACCUCGCCCCAGAGGACCAGAUCUAA